CUUGCAAUUCUCUUGCUUCUCCAUCUCUUCAAAUUGUGCCUAGGUCUUGAACACUAAUGCAGACAAUAUCUGUCUAUUGGGGCCAGGGCCGAAAUGAGGGCAGCUUGUCUGAUACCUGCUAGUCAGGCAAUUACGGAAUUGUCAAUAUUGGUUUCCUGGUUGUUUUUGGAGAUAACCAAACUCCGCAAAUGAAUCUGGCCUGCCAUUGCGACCCGAGCUCUAAUGGUUGCACGGCGUUGAGCAAUGACAUUAGAGCAUGCCAGGGGCGAGGCAUCAAGGUCUUGCUUUCCAUCGGAGGUGGCUCAGGAAGCUAUUCUUUGACCUCUGCGAAGGAUGCCAGGCAAGUUGCAAAUUACCUAUGGAACAAUUUUCUUGGUGGCCAAUCAAGCUCACGACCAUUAGGAGAUGCUGUUCUAGAUGGGAUUGAUUUUGACAUAGUGGGAGGCACGGACCAGCACUGGGAUGAGCGAGCCAACGCCUUGUCGGAGUUCCGCCAUCAGAGGAAGGUGUACCUGUCGGCAGCUCCACAGUGCCCAUUUCCGGAUGCAUGGAUGGGCACAGCGAUUGCCACAGGUCUAUUCGACUAUGUUUGGGUCCAAUUCUACAAGAAUCCCCCUUGCCAAUACUCCGGCAAUAGCAGCCAACUUAUUAGCGCCUGGAACCAAUGGACCACAAUUCAAGCUGGUCAAGUAUUUUUGGGGUUGCCGGCAGCCCCAGAAGCCGCUGCUUCUGGCUACAUCCCACCGGACGUGCUUGUUUCCCAGGUUCUGCCGUACAUCAAGACUUCCCCCAAGUAUGGAGGUGUCAUGCUUUGGUCUAAAUUUUUUGACAAUGGCUAUAGUGCAGCUAUUAAGUCUGACUCUAUGUGUUCACUUCAUAUAUGGUAAAAUAAAUGAGCAUCUAUUUUCUGAA